UUGAGUUUCAGGUCGACCAAUUGCCGCGAUAAUCCUUAUUGUAUAAAGCGAUUAGGACUAGAGAAGUUUGAAAAACUUAUCAAAGCUGAGAAAAUAAAUACUGCUAAAGUUGAAGAAAGCCAGAAACGACGGGAUAUAUUAGAAGUACCUUGCGGUUUAACUAAUUCUGGAAAUUUUUGUUAUGUUAAUAGCUUUUUACAGGUCUGGUAUAAUGAUCCCGUUUUCCGUCAAAUAAUUUUCGACUGGCGACCCUCUCAAAACUAUGUCCGGUGA